AUGAGUGAGACUUUACCCACCACUCCAAAUAAUACUGCUCUAAAAACUAGAGAUUGUAAUGAUGAUACUUUACAGGCCAAUGCUGAAAAUAGGAAAUCCAUUUCUCCAUCUUUAUCUAGGGUAGAUGUGGCCAAUAAAAGGAAAUCUUUGUUGCAUACUGUAAUAAUACCUGAUCAUCCAUUAGCAGGUUCAACCCCAUCGGUACAACCUUCUAGUGAUCAUCUUCGUAGUCAUGGUAAAGAAGAUAUAAUGAUCAGUCCUUUAGGAGGUAAAACAAGGGUAAAGAAUGAAUCGAUAAAGGUGAAGAAUGAUGAUGAUAAAAUGAAAAAUAAUAGCAACGAUGAUAUCUUAAAAUUAUUGGCGGCCAAAGAGAUGAAGAUAAUGGAAAGAAAAUCUAAAAUCAUUCAUUUAAAUAAAUUAAUUCAAAUUGAAAAGAAAAAAUUCCAAUUGGAAAAAAUUGAAAUUGAUAAUUUGAAAAAAAAACUAACGACUAAUAUUAACCACUCCGUUUCAAUUGAAAUGACGGAUGAAGAGAAUAAUGCAAAUCAUUCAAUGUGGUCUAAAUCAUUAUCUUUAUUAAAUUCUAUGGAUAAAAGUCUCUUUGAUGACUUACCCACUUCAAAUAAUAUUAGACCCCGAAGUAUGGCAUCUAUUGGGAGUCAGACAGAUUUACAAUCUUCAUUUGAUGAAGAAGAUGAGGUUGAUGAUGAUGAUGAUGAUGAUAAUGAUGAUGAGUUAGAUAUUGGGAAAGCGGUAUCUAAUUCUCUUUGGAAUUUCGUUAAUGAUGUGAAAGCAGGACUUUUAGGAAUUGACGAAACGGAGGGGGAAGAUUCAUCAUCGAAAAAUAAUACUAAUAACAAGGGGCGCAAGUCAUCAUUAAAUCCAUCAUCGAAUGUUCGAAUAAGAAUAUCUAGUAGUUGUGAUGAUAUGAAAUUUAAUGCAACUCAAAAUAGUAAAAACCCUAAUGAUAUCUUAAGAAGUUCGGAAUUUAAACAAUUUAAAACUGCCGUUAGAGUAAAUUCUCCGAAUUUCAAACAAUUUUCUACCAGUAAUCCUAGUAGUAGUAGUGAAACUAAUAGUCGAUUAAGUAGUCGAAGAAAUAGUCGAAGAAAUAGUGAUAAUAAAUUGAAUUUUAGUUAA